AUGUCGCACCCGAUGUCGCAUUUGCAAACCCAUGGAAAUCGCGGUACUCAUAUCGGCUCGGCGCAAAGAGAGUACGAUAGAUUACGUGACCUGGCGCGUCAGGAAGCACAAAAACGUGGGGACUGCUUUGAGCGCAGCAAGGACGCCUAUAACAGCGACGAUGGCGCUGCAGCAAAGUCGCUGAGCAAUCAAGGCAAAGACCAUGGUUCUAAGAUGGAAAAGUACAACAAACAGGCCAGUGAACUCAUCUUUCGAGAAAAUAACGCAACCGACCGAGUACCGGCAGACACUAUAGACCUUCACGGCCAAUUCGUGGAGGAAGCAGAAGACAUACUAGAAGAAAGGAUACGGUACGCUCAAAGCACAGGGCAGAACCAUUUGCAUGUCAUCGUUGGCAAAGGCAACCACAGCUCUGGACACAUCCAGAAGAUAAAGCCUCGAGUUGAGCGGGUCUGUAGAGAACUCGGACUGCAAUAUCAUACAGAGCCGAACGAGGGUCGCAUAUAUGUCAACUUGACGGGCGGCCAGGUUGACAUGCAGCACUUCAAUAACUGGCAAGGCACUCAAGGUCAUCAAGGUUACCAUGGCCAAGGACAGCAACAACACCCAAGCACUUACCAACAGCACCAGCAGCCGCAAUAUCAACAGCAGCCUCACCGACCUCACCAGCAGCAACCGCCUCAGCAACAAGAAGGAGGUAGUAGCAUCGUCUCUCAGCUAUUCAGGUUACUGGCCAAGUGCUUUGGUGGCGGAAAGUAG